AUAAAAAGUUAAAUUUCUUUUAUUUCUUUAUUUUUUUUUCUCUACUUUCGUAUAUAAUGGCUUUACCUCGCGCAUAUCAAGCUUCGUUUACACCAAGCGAAGUUGAAUUUAUAGCCAGUGAUGAAAAGAUUAAAAUCAUUCCAAAAACAAAGCUACCACGAUUGCAGUUCAUUCAAGGCACAUAUGGUCCCUUUCUACCUCCAUUAGCCACAGAAGUACCUAUUUGGUUGGCUUUACUAAUGAAAAAAAAUAAUAAAUGCUCUAUUAUUUGCCCUGAUUGGCUCAACAUUGACUUUUUAAAAAAGAGACAAGAAGAAGAAGAAAAAGAGCAAGAAUUCAGUAAUUUACCAUUUCAUUAUAUGGAGUUAUCACAAAUGUUACUUGAUGCGGCGCCUGAUGACAUUCCUAAUGCUGAACAAAUUCAUAAAAUAUUACAAGAUCUGCAAGAAACAAGGGAAGCCAAGGCAAGAGAAGGUUUCAAGGCACUUGAUGAUAAAUGGCUUGGGAUGAACAACUUGUCUUUUAUGGAAAUCAACAAAAUUCGACCAUUCUUUUCUCUUGCUUUUAAUGAAAUGAGAAAAUUAAAUCUUGCAGACAAAAAUCAAAGUGAAGAAGAUUUACAAAAUCAUACUUUUCACUAAUUAGUUUGUAAAUUUAUUUUGCAUGUAUAGAAAACAACAGAAAAAGCUCUUACUCAAUACCCUUAAACUUUUUCGUCUACAUUUUUUUUUUCAAGAAAAAAAAGAAAGAAAAGUAUAAAAGAUAGAGCAGAAAAAAAAAAAAGAGAAGCUUUUAAAUAUAUAAUUGUAUUAUAGACAAUGUAA